UUAGAAGGUGUUUUGGCGUUCAAAAGCUUUUGUAGGCAAUUUGAGAGCAUAUACAAAGACAUUUUGACUCCCGAAUUUUUGAGGCUCUCUCUUAAGAAAUCUGAAAUUGUUUGAAAGGAAUAUAUAAUAAAGUUUUAGUUCUUUUAGUGGUGGAGAACUGAAUUUGAUAUCUGAAAAAUAUUUAAGAGGAAAUCAUUUGCAAUCUCUGAUUUUUUUUUAGGGAAAAACAUUCCGAGAAAUAUUUUUAGUUGUUUUAAUGGCGGAGGAAAGGGCUGGUUAUUCUUCUACUGAAGACUUGGGGAUUCCUUCGGGGCUUAACAAGAUUAAAACACGAUCGGGGCCCCUAAAAGAAGAAAAUCAGGUGGAUUUAAUUCCAUCAGAUAUCAAUUUUACUAGUCUGACAAUUUCAAGCGUGGCGGAGAAAAGCAAAGAUGCUAAAGAGGAGAAUUCAACACAGGGCUUUUCCGUUCAGUCGAAUUCACGUUGCAAGAUGAAGACUCAAAGUCAGCCUGGAAUCGGCCGCGGUGCUACAGCCGCAGGUCAUGGCAGAGGGAAGAAUGUCUCCCAUCGUUCUGCAGCUUACCUCGACAAGGAGUCUAACCAGAAUUUCUAUUCAAAGGACUCUCAGGUUUCCUAUCAAGAUGCAGUUACUUGUAAUGGGAAGGAUAUGCUGGGAAAAAAACCUAUGUUGCAAGAAUCACAAAUUAGAAAAUUCCCAAAAGGUUUUAAGAGCUACUCUCAUGAAUUAGGACCCCGAGGUGGCAUGCGUCCAGCCUGCCCUCGAGCACAUAGUGACAAUGAUUUGAAGGAACUAUUAGGAGCCUUGCACCAUAGAUUCAACAUGGCUAAAGAAGAAGUGAACUCGGAACUUGAAAUAUUUGCUGGAGAUGUUUUUGAAGUCCUUGAGAAAAAGGAUUCUUGUAAUCCGGAAUGGCAGGAGAAAAUUGAGGACCUUUUGAUUCUGGCGCGUGAAUGUGUCAUGAUGUCUCCCAAUGAUUUUCGUAGACAAUGUGAAAGUGUUGUUCAAGAUUUGGCUGAGAAGAGACAACAGAUGCCUGUAGGAUUACUGAAGCAACUGCACACACGCAUGCUUUUUAUAUUGACACGGUAUACUAGGCUGCUGCAGCUCCAGAAAGAGAGUGGUCCAAAUCAAGAAGAUUCAAUUCAUAAGUUCAAGCAGUGCUUAAAAGGGGUCCCUUCAGUUGAAACGAGCUGGACGAAAGGUACUAGCAAGAAAAACAAAGUAGCAUCUGAUCCUAUUAAGUUCCAAAAGCUUGAUAAUGCUACCAGAAGUGAGUUCAUUAGAGAUGGGCCAACUAUGUUAUCAGGUAAACAAGGUUUCCCAAUACAAUCAUCUUCUCAGACAAAUGGGUCCCAUACAGACCAUUAUGCAGCUAUAGAAAAAAAUGUGAUGUACCUGGAAUCACAAAUUCAGAACAAGUCUGCAGAAGGUUAUCCUGUAGAUUCAAGUAGGUUUUCUGUUAAAAUGGCAGUACCGAAAGGUAAGUCAUUUGCUGCCUGGGAUGAAAAUUUUGGUUCACAAGACUCUGCAAUACAUAAUAGUUCACCUUCUAAGAUGCAUUAUAGAACAUUUGGAGGUUCAUUUGGUGACCAGCAAACUAGUAUGGAAGACCUUGAAUCAGUAAUUUGUAGGAUAUGUGAAGAAGAAGUGCCUACCUCACAUUUGGAGCCCCAUUCUUACAUAUGUGCAUAUGCUGACAGGUGUGAUUCUAAUGGUUUAAAUGUGGAUGAUCGGCUGAUAAAAAUAGCAGAAACUUUGGAACAGAUAGUAGAAUCAUAUACUCCAAAAAGUUUUCGAACAUCUUCUGGCAGUCCAGACACCACUAAAUUGCAAAAUUUACAUGCUGCAAAUGAAUUUGAAAGUCAAUCUCCUGGAUUAAGUGAUUGGCACCAUAAAUAUUUGGAGGGUAUGGUUGAAGACCUUCAUGAGAUUGAUACAGCUAGUAUCGAAGAUUGUAGGGCUCCUAGUGCAAAUAAUUUAAAAGGUCUUUUUGCACAGAAAUUUGAACAAGGUCUUGCUUCGUCAUCAGUUGGUAGCUUGACCCCAUGUUCUAGUUUAAAUACUCCAAGAGCCAAUCUCAUUGAUUUUUUUUGGUUGGAACGCUAUAAUUUGGCAGGAGCUGAAGAUACUGUGCAGAUGACUGAUCUUGCAGAUAUUGCACGUUGUGUGGCAAAUACAAAUAUCACAGAGGAAGGGGCAACAGAAUACUUGACUGCUUGCAUGCAAGAUCUACAGGAUAAUUUGCAGCAUAGCAAGUUUGAAGCUCUAAUUGUGGAAACAUUUGGACGUCUUGUAGAAAAACUUUUAAGGGAGAAAUAUUUUAUAGCUUGUGAGACACUAGAGCAGAAAAGCUUUGCACAUUCAACUGUGUUAAAGGAAGAUGAUAGGUCAUCGACAGAUGAUGCUGCCCAAAGUAUCAUGUCAACGCCUACACAUCCUGCUCAUAAAGAGCGAACAAGUAUUCAUGACUUUGAAAUUAUCAAGCCAAUUAGUAAAGGUGCCUUUGGUAAAGUAUUUCUUGCGAGAAAAAGAGCUACGGGUGACCUUUUUGCUAUUAAGGUCCUGAGAAAAGUGGACAUGAUUAGGAAAAAUGCUGUGGAGAAUAUAUUGGCUGAGCGCAACAUUCUUAUUACUGUGAGGAAUCCUUUUGUGGUACGGUUUUUCUAUUCUUUUACUUGCAGAGAUAACCUCUAUUUAGUGAUGGAAUAUUUGAAUGGAGGAGAUUUAUAUUCUUUACUUAGAAAUGUGGGUUGCUUGGAUGAGGAUGUUGUCCGUAUAUACAUUGCUGAACUGGUUUUGGCACUAGAGUAUUUACAUUCUUUGGGGAUAGUGCACCGAGAUCUUAAACCUGAUAACAUACUGAUUGCUCAUGAUGGUCACAUCAAGCUAACAGAUUUUGGGCUUUCGAAACUCGGUCUUAUUAAUAGUACUGAUGAUCUAGCUGGAUCGGGUGCAAGUGGAUCUAUGACAGUAGAAGAUCACAGCUGUGAUAUUUCAUCUGAAGAUGUUCAGUACACAGAAAGGAGGAAAAAUCGCUCUGCCGUAGGAACACCCGACUAUCUGGCGCCUGAGAUCCUUCUUGGAACUGAGCAUGGUUAUACUGCUGAUUGGUGGUCAACCGGUAUAGUCCUCUUUGAAUUACUAACUGGGAUUCCUCCUUUCACAGAAGAACAUCCACAGAUAAUUUUUGAUAACAUUCUCAACCGAAAAAUUCCAUGGCCAAGUGUCCCUGAAGAUAUGUCAUAUGAAGCAAAGGACCUGAUUGAUAAGCUUCUUACAGAGGAUCCAAAUCAUCGACUGGGGGCAAAGGGAGCAACAGAAGUGAAAGUUCAUCCAUUUUUUAAUAAUAUAAACUGGGACACAUUGGCAAUGCAAAAGGCUGCUUUUGUACCAAGUCCAGAAAGUGUAGAUGAUACGAGCUAUUUCACAUCACGACAUUCGCAGAGCUCAUAUACCAUACAAGAGUAUCCAGAAUCAAGCGACUGUGGCAGCAGUUCAACUAGUUCUAAUUCAUUGAAUAUUGGGCUUGAAGAGGGGGUGGAUGAAUGUGGAGACCUGACAGAAUUUGAUGGCCGACCUGCUGUCAACUUUCCCUUCAGUGAUUUUUCCUUCAAGAACUUGUCACAAUUGGCAUCAAUCAAUUACGACCUAGUUUUGCAAAGUGCAAAGGAUUCAUCGAAAUCUUCUCCACCAUCAAGGGGGCGUGAACCAUAAAAUGAAAUCCAGAGAAUGUAUAUCAUGUCACCUUGUACAUAAGCAUAAUUGAUGAUCUCCAGAAUAAACUGUAACCCAAAACCAGUUGGUGAAUUUACAUGUACAUAUUACCGAAGACCAUUUAUUUACCCUCUUCAUUAAUAAUUAAAUUUUAUUUAUCGAGGUCUUCAUCUGAGGCUUCUUGUUUCUUUUUUACUGUACUGCAACAAAAUGUAGUCUGCGGGAAGCAAAUCAUUGAGUUGUGAUGAUAAAUGGAGAAUCGAUUUACUUUAAAAUGUACUUGCGAGCAAUAAUGGCAGCAUCAUUGCAUUCCUAUAUAAUUUAUUCCAGUGAAUAAGCAAGUACCAUAAUUCAGACGUUUAUAUCAAUUCUGAUUUUGUGAAAAAGAA